AUGCCUCUUCCGGAAAAUGCGAUAGAUUCUCCCAAGAUCAGCUCUCUCAGCGACGUCCCCGAAGACGCCUUGUUACACCAUCCAAGUCCGAGUCCCCGCUCACCGUACUUGCACAGCUCCAUGACGGGCUCGACGUCUACAUUCAACAAGGCUGCUGCAGCCAGUUCCAGCAGUCUGACCAGCGUUUCUUCGUCGUCACGCCAGCAUGGCUCUGCACCACGCACACCUUCGACUCUCGCUCGCACCGCGACCUCGAAGUCCGCCGGCGAGGUAGGAAGCACGACGACGAACGGCUCGUCCAGCACGCGGCGCUCCGGCUCCCCGGCAACCUUGAAGGAAAAGGACAAGGACAGAAGGAGAGAGCGGCGGGCAAGAGACAAGGAGGGGAAGGGCUCGAAGCGUGAGCCCAGUACGGAGAAGGGCUCUGCAAUGUACAAGAUCCGGUUGUCGCCGCAGUUAAUGCACUCCAAGGACGUGGAUCCCGCACCGGCGACGUUGAUGUACUGGAGUCUUGCACCCGUGUUUGGAACGGUUCCCGCGCAUGGUGUCCGCGCUCACAGUGUGACGCUGGUCGACAGUGUCGCGUGGCUAUUCGGAGGAUGCGACGAGCGGGGAUGCUGGAAGGACGUCUUUUGUUUCCACACCGAGUCGAUGGAAUGGUCACAUCCUGAGACGAUAGGCGACGUCCCUCCGCCAUGUCGUGCACACACUGCCACUUUAGUAGACCGCCGGAUAGUCAUUAUUGGAGGCGGAGAAGGCCCAGCUUAUUAUAACGACGUCUACAUUCUUGACACGUUCACCCGACGAUGGGCCCACCCUACCUUCCCUGCCGAUGCACCCGUUCCCCCACCGCGACGCGCACAUACUGCGGUCCUUUACAAGAACAAGAUCUGGGUCUUUGGCGGUGGAAAUGGCAUGGAGGCGCUGAACGAUGUGUGGACGUUGGAUGUCGGUGUUCACGUGGACAAGAUGAAGUGGGAACAGGUAGAGACGCGAGGGCGAAAACCGACGGCAAGGGGCUAUCAUACUGCGAAUCUAGUCGGAAACGUCAUGGUCGUCAUGGGCGGCAGCGAUGGGAGGGAAUGCUUCUCAGAUAUCUGGUGUCUGAACCUUGAUACGCUCCUCUGGAGUAUCGUUACGCUAGACGUCUCGUACAGGCGGCUAUCCCAUACUGCUACCCAGGUCGGCUCAUAUCUGUUCAUCAUGGGAGGCCACGAUGGAAGUCAGUACACAUCCGACCUUCUCCUGUUCAAUCUCGUUUCUCUGAACUUUGAGAUACGUCCUACCGCUGGAACGCCGCCAGCUCCCCGAGGUUAUCACGUCGCCUUCCUCUCCGACAGCAGGCUGUUUGUUUUUGGCGGGUUCAAUGGGAACGAAGUUUACGACGACGUGCAUCUCCUCGAGCUCGCGGGUGCCGCGUACCUUCCGCAAGUGACAAGCUUCAGGAUAGACGUCGACUAG